AUUUUAAUCAGUCCGAGUGUGUCUUUGGCGGAGUUCGGUUGUUGUAGUGUUGAAUUGGUGAAUUUAGCAUUUAAAGUGCUAGUGUUGUGCGAUGGCCGGUGUUCUGGUAUCGCCUCCGGCGGUUGAGAUGUGCCCCAAGUGACCAUGUCUCAGUGCAAGAAGUUCGCGCCUAACAUCUUCCACAAGACCAAGUGCUCCAACUGCUUUCGGCAGAAAGAGGAGCAUUCGGCUGAAGCCCUGGAAUGCAAUCGGGCUAGUCGUUCGAUCGCCCGGAGCGGCUACCUGUUUGUGGCACCGGAUUGGGACUUCUCCGUGCCUCUCAACAGGACAAAGAGAUGGCAACGUCGUUGGUUCGUCUUGUACGACGAUGGGGAAUUGAACUAUUCGGUGGACGAACACCCCGAUACCAUCCCGCAGGGCUCGGUGGACAUGUCCAAAGUGCUGGAAGUGACCGGUGCCGAGCAAGUGACAGGCCACCCUCACUCCCUGGCCCUCACCAGCCCCGACCGGGUCACCUUUGUGAAGGCGGCGAGUCGAGAAGACGCCCGUUGGUGGGCCGAACUCUUGGCUGUGUUUCCUCGCCGCCACAAACGCAACGCCACCUUCCCCGGGGGCAGGGCAUCCCCCAGUUUGCCCCAGCUGGGGCGUAGCGCCUCUCCGCAACCUCCACGGCCACGACAUCUCUCCUGCAGCGGUCCCAGCCCCCGGACGAACUUUGAGACGCCCCCCUUGAAGGAGGAACGUGAAUCGCCUCCAAAGGACGAUCCACGGCCGGGUUGGUUGCCUGAACCCACCGGCAAUGUGGCCAUCGAUACCGUUCCGAGUCCGAUAAGAAACGAUUACUUAAUAAGUUCGGGGUCUCCCCCAACCCGCGACAAACUGCGCUGUGACGACAAGGCCCGAGCUCGUCGCGAUUGGCGCAACGAGCGCCUCCGAGACAUCGCGACGGCUUUAACCGAUCGUUCACCCGAAUCAAGUCUAGCCCUUCCGGCCGAAAGCCUUCUCCACCUUAAAAAAGGUUGGCUGUGGCUUAAAACAACCGAUGGAGAGUUUGUAAUGCGAUGGGCGGUCCUAUUCGGUCCAACCCUAAACAUCUAUCAAGAUCAAGACGAGCAAAAUCCAGAAAUUGUGGUCGAAAUGUCAUCGGUUACGAGUUUUAAUGAAAUUCCAACCGAAACGAAAUUCGGUUUUGAAAUUAAAUGGGCCGGUCCGACUCUUGUUCUAUACGCUGUCACGUCAAGCAUACGUUCUAAUUGGCUGCAAGCGUUGAAAAAGGCGGUGCCUGCAUCGAGUUCCGAAAGUCCGACCACGCCCCGUUCGGUACUUUUGUCGAGUGAUGAGGAGUAUCGAACGGCGUCCGAAGGUGGCCGAAGAGGAUCGGAGGAUUGGGGGGAAUUACCGCCGUCGCCGCCUUUGACUCGAAGUUCGUUAAAUCGGGUCAAAACGACGCGAAUUCGGCCAAGGCUACCGAGAUGUCAGUCGAGGCAAUCGACGUUGGAUAGCACGUCUACUGAUGAACUGGAUUGUGUGAAACUGUCCGACACCGUCGAAUUAAAUAACGAAAUAAACAAACAAAAUGUAGAGAUAAACGAUUUGCAAAAACAGUUAGCCAAGUCAGUUGAAGAAGUAAGGAGUUUGGAGGAAGAAAUUGCCAGGUUGAAGAAAAUUCAAGCUGAGGCAGUGAUUCAAGAGAAGAAAUUCAAGGAAAUGGCGCUGGCUUUCGAACGGACCGAACGCGAACUAAACCAAAGAAAUUCCCAAGCCGAGCUCAAAUUUACAAAGGAGCAGCGAAGUCUCCAACGUAAACUGGCCGAAGCCGAAGAUUUGGCCACAAGUUACGAGGAAAAAUGUGCGAAUUUAAGUCGUGAACUUCAGACGAAGCAACGCAUCUUGGGGAAUUUACAAGACGAGCUGUCGAGUACGAACGAACGCUUUGGACGACUUCGCGACGAAAACGACCGAUUGUUUAAGCGAGUCCAGGAGUUGGAGGGCCGGGGAAGCACACACAAAAGAAGUAUUCGGUGCGAUUCGUUGACCGACUUGACCAAUAUCGAUUUGGACGUCGACAUUGACGAAUUGGGUCAAAACGAAUUGAAGGAGUAUUGCUUGGAUUUGAGGGGGCGGUUCGAAAAGGCCGUUUUGGAAAUACGUGCUGUGAAACGCGAAUUGAGAGAUGCACACGAAAAAUGUGAUAACUUGGAGUUGAUGAAUUACAGUAUUCAAAAUAAUUUAGAAAUGCUGAAACAAGAAAGUCAAGCCGAAAUUGGGCUCCUGGUCUCGAGACUCGAACAUUUAACGCAGAAAUUGAAUGCAGCGGAAAAACAAAUCAGGAGUAAGAGCAAGAGUGAGUCAAGAGACAAGAGACGGUCUUUGUCACUUAAAGGACGUGAAAGUUUCUCGAUUAAUAAGGAAGUUGAGGAAAAAGUGGCCGAAUUAGAGGAAAAAAUUCUAGCUUUGGAGCGCGGACGAACGAAGCGAAAAUACAAGAGGGACCGAAGUAGCGAACGGAAUUCACCAAUCGAUGACAAGUCUUUGAGACGUCUGAGACGUAAAAGUCUCGACAGCGCCACCUCUUCCGAACCUAUGAAAUUAUUAAUGCGCUUAAGCACCCUCGAAAAUCAAGUAACCAACGUAAACGUCUCGACAGAGUCCCUCAACGUGGUGGCCCCAGCCACCUCCGACUCACCCGCCAAAACGAAAAUCGACGAGUGCCUUAGUCAAGUCGCCUUAUUAAAAACAAUGGUCAAACGAUCACAUUCGCUGGCUACUCUGGAACAAAAUCUAACCGAACUGAACGAAAUCGUAGACGCGGAUCCUGUUACAACCAACGUCAGUAGUGCGGAAAUCAAUGUAAUUAAUUCAUCGGCGAGUGCAGUGGUGAAACAAUUGCAUAAUUUAUUAGUCGAGAAGUUGAAAAAUUUGGCCGAAAGAAAACGCUCAUUGCGUGAAAGUAAUAAACUCGACGGUGAAGCGAAAUUAGAGAUUUUGGCCGAGAAGGUCGCCUAUGAAAAUAUAUUAAUUGGGCGAAUUCAGGAGGCUUUGACGAGUCCAGCAACUGGUGAAGUCACCUGUGAACGUUUAGUGAAUAAAGAAGUGCGUGAAACAGCCCACUUGAUGAACUCUUUAUCGAAAAAAUUGAAUGGCGCCUCGAAACAAUUACCGGUGUGUAAAACAAGCGCUGAUUAUUUAACGAAAAUUUUGGCCAAGUGUUUGAUGACUGCGUCCGGAGGUGCGUCAGGUUAUAAAAACUUUGUAACGAAUUGUGGCCCUUCGAUGGAGUUUCUCAAAACUGAGCAAAAGAGAUUGGCCGCGAUGUUGGAUUCAUAUAAGGCUGCAAAAUUACCAGUUCUGGCUGAAAUUUUAGCUGGGGAAACGCUAUCAGUUGAUAAGAAUUGUCGGCUGAAAAAACUAAGCGACGAUGUUGUUAGUGAGUUCACCAAAGGGGCGAGAGAUGUAGCUAAUUCGGAACUGGUCCAAUCGGAGAUCAACCACGUGAUGUUGAGGGCUGCCCAAAUCUAUCAAGGUCACAUCGAUGCUGACCAUCCUUAUUUCUUUACGUUUUUUGCAUCAGAGCGGGCGGCGCUCGAACUGUGGUCGGACUCCGUCGGUGAUUGUCUUUACGAAGAGAUUAAUAAAAGUGUGACCGAACUGACUGAGCUUUAUUUGAAUCAGUUGAACAAGUUGCAAAGGCAGAACUGGCGGAGACGUCUUGAAUCGGAACGAAGUCGCUCAUCGUCGGCUUUUCUUCAAGAAUUCGCCGAUAUUGUGGCUCACAAAGCGCUAAUUGACGCACGAAUGGACGUUUUGAGUGGGAAAUGCUCAAGUUCGAGUCAGUUGUGUGCGAAAGAGUCGCUGGGAAAUUGGUUACAAAACGAUAAUCAGUGGGAUUGUCUUGAGAACCAAUCGGUACAAAUAAACCAAAGUGUAGAAGCCGAGUUUACGUGUAUGCUAGAUAGGUGUAGUAGGGAUUGUUACGCUCUGGUUGGUCAACCGGAACUCGAGGAGGUCUUGGGGUAUUUGAAUGACUUGGCUGACGAAAUCGGCGAGUUGCAAAAGCAAGCCAAUUUACCGGUGGAGUAUGAUGAGGUCGUUGUGAGAAACUGGGGGGAUGUGUGUGCCAAGUGCCGCAGUUUGAGGGAUAAGUUGGAGGAGGUGCGCAGGAGUAUCGAGAGGACGUCGCGAGGGAUCACCAGGACACCCUCCUUUAAAAGAUUGGACUCUUUUGAGGAUCACCGGCCUGUGUACCUCGGCACCGAGUACCUAACCCAGGUGGAAAACCUCCGCGCGGCGUAUCGCUGUGCCCUCGCUUCGUGCAAAGAGCGCCACCAGGAGUCGGAUAUUGAACAGUUGCAGAUUCUGUGUGAGCGUGUUUUGCUCGCGAUGGAGCAGUGGCAUCGGCGAACGAUUCAAGAAAUGCGAGAAGCGCACGCACAAGAAACCGAACGCUUGCGUCAAGAGAAGGAACAAGCUCUUGCCGAAGAGACGCAAGCCACUUUGGCUGCACUCGAUGCCAUGAAGAAAGCCCACGAGGCUGAAGUACAAAAAGAAGUAGCGAAAUUCAAACAGGAGUAUGCACGGCAGCAAAGGCAUGAUUUGCUCGAUUUGUCCGAAAGGUUGUCAGUCAAGUGUUUGGAAGCCGCUGCUUUGGAAGAACAGUUAGGAAGUGCCACGAGGCAGCUGACGCAUGCGCAGCAGCAUAUUUUGCAGCUUGAGCGGAACCCCCAGCUCUCACCCAUGCAGAACUGAAGGAGUGUAUCCGUGAGAUGCGAAUUUACUAGUCUUAACGAGCCUCAUACGUAACCAGUAUAUUUUAAUACAGUACAAUAUCAUCACCGUUGUGUACAGAUCAUAGCACCUUUUUUGAUUGUCUUUUUUCAUAUAUUAUCCUUGUUUUUUUGGGUGUCAUCGUAUACUUGACUUUCUAUUAUUUAUUUUUUACCUCAUCAACUCUGUAUCCACUGUUAUUAGGUGUACAAAUGAUUUAGCUUUAGUUAAUUUUUUGUAACAGUUUAUUGUUUAUAUGUGUUGGGUUUAUAUGGAAUGUUUAUAAUUACAACAAAAAAUAAUAUAAAAUAAUUUAUGAGUUAA